AUACCUGGCAGCCGUCCGAUCGGUUUCUUCAUCAGGACUCCAUCGUUACAAGUGGAACUUUGCAAGUUCGUAACUUUCCUUCCUCUCUCUCUGUCGCUCGCCCUUCUGGCGAUGGUGGGAGGGGAAAACCUCCAUGUUUCACUCCUCACUUUCUCUGGUUGGGGCAAAUCUAAAGCCCUAAUCCUGCCGGACCUACCCUUUUGCUCAUCUUUGCGUGUGCUCUGAUCUUCAUGGACCCCCCAAAUUUCUUAUUUUCCCGAGAAAACCCUAGACCCCUCUCGUUCUCUACUGCUCCAAUUGUCUCCUCAAAACCCAUUAUCCCCAAUGAGAUCGCCCAGAAGCCUCCCCCUUCGAUUCUAUUGGGCCGAUUCAAGACUUUGCUAAAAGAACGCGAGGAUGAAUUCAGGGCUUCCUUUGGUGACGACGUGCCGGUGCCACCCCCUAGCACUGAAGAAAUUGUGCAAAUUUACCAGUUGUUAUUGUCGGACCUCACUUGCAACUUGAAGCCUAUCAUUACGGAUCUAACCAUUAUUGCUGAGCUUCAGAUAGAGCAUGCCAGGGGCAUCGCCGAUGCAAUUUGCACUCGGAUUCUCGAGGUGCCUGCAGAUCAAAAGCUUCCAUCGCUAUAUCUUUUGGACAGUAUUGUGAAGAAUGUUGGUCGGGAAUAUAUUGGACACUUCUCUUCAUGUCUGCCUGAAAUUUUCUGUGAGGCAUACAGGCAGGUUCACCCUAAGCUCCAUAAUGCUAUGCGCCAUCUCUUUGGCACCUGGUCAACGGUCUUUCUGCCUUCUGUCAUACGCAAGAUUGAAGCUCAACUGCAGUUUUCUCAAGCAAUUAAUGAUCCGUCAUCUACCACUGAUCCCCUUAGGGUGUCUGAGUCUCGUCAAGCAACUCAUGGCAUACAUAUCAAUCCGAAGUACUUGCAGCAGUUGGAACACUCUACUAAUGAUAGUGUUGGAGGUGAAAAAUUGGAAUCAACAGUAAAUUUGGGUCUUGCAAAUUUUGGCCGUGGAGUUAGUAAGAUACAUCAACCUUUAUCUAGCAGGCUUGGAAGAUCUCCACCAUCAGGAAUCGGACUUGAUAGGCCUCCAUCAGCAACUAUAGAUGAAAUUGCAGUUCACAAUUCUGCUGGCAGGCUAGUUGAGAGAGAUACUCUUUCUCAUCCUGCAUUUGAUUAUGGAGUUGGUAAAGCAGGAAGUAGAACUGAAGAGUUGAGUGGGUGGAAACAACAAUAUUCUGAUGAUGGUCAGAACCAGUUUCAAGUUAAUGGGCAUCAGCGUCAAAGUCUUAAAGCUUUAAUAGAUGCAUAUGGCAGUGAUAAAAACAACGAAACCUUCAAUAAUAAGCCUUUGGUGGUUGAGCGUCAGGACACAAAUGGUAUAAACAGGGUUGUGUCAACAUCAUGGCAAAACACUGAAGAGGAGGAAUUUGACUGGGAAGAUAUGAGUCCAACAUUAGUGGAUCAUAGUAGGAAUAAUGAUUUCUUUCCAUCAAGUAUUGGUUUCUCCAGGGAAAGACCUGUUAUUAGUGCAGCUACUUCAAACAGGAUACUAGGCAUAGUUGGUCUAGUCGGUCACAGCUUCCAUCAAUGGAUGAUUCCUCUGUUUUAUGGACGUGGAUCACCAGUUCAUGUAUCUGGAUACCAAAAUCAGACAAACCGGAGUUUAAACUCUCAUCCACCUCUUGAUGCUUGGAAUAUUAGAGGUCGAGCAAGCAAUCUUCAGACAUCCCCUGUCAGUAACAUUCCAAAUAGUGAUAUAAAUCUAUACGGGACUGGAUCUGCUUUGUCCAGAAUGGGUUCCACACUUGAGUCUAAUGUGGAGAUUCAUCCAACAGUUUUACCAGCCACUCUUGGAAUGAGGCCUCCAGUUAAUGUUCAUGCAAUUCGCCCCCCCACUUUAAACCCAACAUUUCCGUUGGAUAAACAUAUCAGAAGUUACAGGUUUAUCAAAGUUGCAUCACUUGCCAAGCCAGCUAGCUGGCAGAUUUCAUUUAACCAGCAAAACUGUGGACAAGCACAAAUCUUUCCUUCUCAGGACAUGCAAGAAAAGUUACUUAGAUCACAAGCUCCAACACCUUUGCAAUUUAGUCGUGGAAGCUUCUUGCAAGGACAUAUUGAUGCUAUAAGUACAGCCAUGCCAAAUUCGCUUCCUGCUGUACAAUUCCCUAUUCCAGUCCAAAAUAUUGCAAAUAACUCUUCUCACUUACAAAGGGGAAACUUGAUGUCUUUACCUCCAAUGUCCCAUCCUGCUAUGUCACGAACAAUACCGCAUUCAAAUGCUGGUCCUAAUGUGUCAGCCCGACGGCCAGGGGGUGCAUUUUCUGGUUUAAUUAAUUCCCUUAUGUCCCAAGGUUUGGUAUCAUUGACAAAUCAACCUCCCAAACAGGAUUCUGUUGGAACCGAGUUUAAUCCUGAUGUUCUAAAGAUUUGUCAUGAGUCUGCAAUCUGUGCCUUGUAUGGUGAUCUUCCUAGACAAUGCACUACUUGUGGCCUUCGAUUCAAAUGCCAAGAGGAGCACCGUAGUCAUAUGGAUUGGCAUGUUACUAAGAACCGGAUGUCUAAAAACCGUAAGCAGAAGCCUUCUCGCAAGUGGUUUGUGAGUGAGAGUAUGUGGCUUAGUGGCGCAGAGGCAUUGGGAACAGAAUCAGUCCCUGGUUUUUUGCCAACUGAGGAUGUAGAAGAAAAAAAAUGCGAUGAAGAGUUAUCUGUGCCAGCUGAUGAGGAUCAGAAUACAUGUGCAUUAUGUGGUGAGCCUUUCGAUGAGUUUUACAGUGAUGAAACUGAGGAAUGGAUGUACAGAGGAGCUGUAUAUGUCAAUGCACCCAAUGGAACAGUAGCUGGCAUGGAUAGGUCGCAGUUAGGCCCCAUUGUUCAUGCGAAGUGCAGAUCUGAGUCUAGUGUGGUCCCCGCUGAAGAUAUUGGACUGGAUGAAAGGGGCACCGAUGAGGAGGGUAGCCGACGAAAACGAAUGCGAAGUUAAUCAAUAUGGAUCAGUUUUGUCUCAGGUUUUCUGUAACUUAACAGAGUUGUUAUCAGUUAGUGUAUGCGCUGGCUUAUUCUUUUUCAGUAUAGUUGGAUCUUUGGAUACCGUGGUGAAAUUUAUACAUGUAUAGUUGAACUUGUUA